GAAGAGUGGCUGGUGUUCCAACACCCACACCUCGCCAUCCCAUCAGCGACGCCGCUGUACGCCUCAAAACAUUGUUGAGGAGUGUGGAAUUUCUGGACACCGAGCAGCUGGUGCUGGGAUUGUUGGAGGGAGGGGGGACAGAAAUUUGGCUCAUUUAAAGAAAGAGGGAGAAAAAUAAAUAAACGAUUGAUUCGACUUGGUUUAAAGAGGCGGUGGAUACCAUGGGCUCCGACGUGCGAGACCUGAACUCUUUGCUACCCGCGGUCUCCACGCUGACUCCGGGUAACGGCAGUUGCGCGAUGCCGGGGAGCGGCGCGCCUCAGUGGACCCCCGUGCUGGACUUCCACCCGGGCGCUUCUUAUAGCGCUCCGAUCGGACACCCUUCCUUCAUCAAACAGGAGCCGAGCUGGAGCUCCACGGAACCGCACGAUGACCACUGCCUUAGCGCAUUUACCGUGCACUUCUCCGGCCAGUUCACCGGCACGGCCGGGGCUUGUCGCUACGGAGCGUUCGGGGCCCCCGCUCCGAGUCAAGCGCCACCCAGCCAGGCGAGGAUGUUCACCAAUGGUGGCUACCUUAACCAUUGCGUUGACACGCAGACAGCAAGCAGGAAUCAAGGUUAUAGUGCUGUGACUUUCGACACAACUCCAGGUUACGGUCACACUCCCAACCACCACACUCCUCAGUUCUCGAAUCACGCCUUCAAGCACGAGGACCCCAUCACCCAGCAGAACAGUAUAGGAGAGCAACAGUAUCCAGUGGCUCCGCCGGUGUACGGCUGCCACAACUCAACAGACAGUUGUGCUGGGAGCCAGGCCCUGCUGUUAAGGUCCCCGUACAACAGCCACACAGCAGGAUACGAGACUGACAAUCACAACGCUCCGAUGUUGUACAGCUGUAGCACGCAGUACAGAAUACACACGCACGGUGUCUUCCGAGGGCUUCAGGAUGUUCGGAGAGUCCCAGGCGUGGCUCCAACCAUUGUCCGAGCCAACACAGAAGCCAAUGAAAAGCGCCCCUUCAUGUGUCCAUACCCCGGGUGUAACAAGCGUUACUUCAAGCUCUCCCACCUGCAGAUGCACAGCAGGAAGCAUACAGGUGAGAAACCUUACCAGUGUGAUUUCAAGGACUGUGGACGAAGGUUCUCCCGUUCGGAUCAGCUGAAACGACACCAGCGAAGACACACUGGGGUAAAGCCAUUCCAGUGUAAAACUUGUCAGCGUAAAUUCUCUCGCUCUGACCACUUAAAGACUCACACUCGAACUCAUACAGGUAAAACAAGUGAAAAGCCCUUUAGCUGUAGGUGGCCGAACUGUCAGAAGAAGUUUGCGAGAUCCGACGAGCUGGUUCGCCACCAUAACAUGCACCAGAGAAACCUGACCAAGCUGCAGCUUGCCCUCUGAGUGGUGGCCGGGACUCCACCGCGCAGAAAGGUGACGGCGUGCUGCUGACCUCUCCUCUCCGACCCUCCCACCCCACAACACCAUUCUCGAGUGUUCAGCAGCUAACGCGACAGAACCGACACCCAAAUCCCAGUGAGCCCCUUUGAGCUGGCGCCUCUUGCUCCCGUUUGCCGCGUCGAAUCGGGGCCACCAUCUCUGCUAUUGGAGGCUCUGUGGUCUGACAAUCUGGCCUCCCGAGCGCCCAACCCCGCGACUUUCCCUCCCUUCUCCAUUACCCCUGACACUCGUAAGCCAACACCUUCAGAGGACGUACAGAAAGCAUGCACUUUCUGGAAUACCUUGUAGAAUGUAACUUCUAGUUGUACUCGGGAGAUUUUGGAGGACUCCAUGUCAAUGAAAACGUUAGAAGAAGCACGUGACCGUCGUUUGCAGAAACCAGUAGCAAGACACUGUACAUACAGCUUUCGUGGUGCAGUGCCGCACCACUCUGCUUCUCUGUAAAUAUUGUAAAUAUAGGGAGCGGUUACAAUUGAAUACUACUGUAUUUUGUUUCUCUUUUUAACUCUGAAACCCAAACCCAUCCCAUGUAACAUGUAGCCACUGGACGUAAGUUAAAACUAGCGGGCAUUGCUGAUGGACGUUUGAUCUAUUGUGUAGAUUCAUUUUAGCUGGGAUAAUCACAUUUGAGAUGAGUUUUGACUAGAUCCAAUAAGAGAGGUUGACGAGCGGUGUUCUAUAAGGACUCUGCUUUGAAAUUAUACACUAUAUAAUGAGAAGCCAUGCUGGCAAUGUGGCUGUUGUGUUACCAAACAAAAAAACAGAAGCAGGCUGUGCCACAAACUACCAUUAACCUCUUAAAAAAAAGUAACUUAAUGACUUUCAGAAUCUUCAAGUAUAUAUGAAGAGAAAUGUUGUAGUGUAAUGAUUGUACUGUAUCCAAAUUUCUUUGUUCAUUUAUUUACUAUUACCAGUUGGAAAUUAUUAUGUAUAUAUCUGAUAAUGUAUUGCUGUGCCUAAAAUGGGAGAGUUAUUAAAAGUAGAGAAUAAACAGGAGAAUUAGGUACGUCA